AUGGCGGAGACGAAGAAGCCGCAAAGCCUCAACGACAGUCACUACCGCCUCCUCCAAGACCUCAGCUCUCCCAAACCCUCCGAGCAACCGAAGGUGACUAAAGUGAGGAUCGAAGGCGCGCGCCGUCUCUGUAAGGUUCGAGUGGCUUCCGAUGACGACGAUGAAGCGCCGAGUUUCUCUCCGAAUGUUGAUUUCGAGUCGCCGCUGCCGCAGCCGAAAAGGAGUGAGGCUGAGAGAGGCGGUGACGGCGGUGGAAAUGAGAUUAGGGGGAUAUUGGAUGACCUGAGCUCGAGGCUUGAGUUUCUGUCAAUCGAGAAGAGAGGUGCCGGAAAAUCUAAGAAGGUAGAAGGUUCUGGUUUUCCGGAGGAGGAUGGUUAUAAGGAUGCGGCGCCGUCGUUUUCCAUUGCUUCCGACUUGUCUGAUUCGUCUGCUGAGACCACUAAGCCUCGUAGGAAGGGAGUUGUGAGUAAUGUGGGAGAUGAGCAUGAAGAGAAAAGUGAAUUUCGAUGCAAGUCUGAGAGUGAUGACAGAAAUGGAGAGGGUGAUGAUGACAUCGAUUGUGUGGUUGUGAGGGCUAAGAAGACAGAGAAAGAAGCAAGGAGGCGGGGUGGUAGCUAUAAAGAUUACUAUGAUUGUGAUGAGGAUAGUGGGGUUGAGGAGUUCAGGGAUGAAUGUGUUGCGAAGGAUGAUGGUUCUAUCACUAUGAGUGGUCUGACAUACACUUAUAAGUUACCGGGGAAGAUUGCAACAAUGUUAUUUCCGCACCAGCGUGAGGGCUUGAAGUGGCUUUGGGCUCUGCAUUGCCAGGGGAAGGGUGGAAUCUUAGGAGAUGAUAUGGGCCUUGGAAAAACAAUGCAGAUUUGUGGCUAUUUAGCUGGUUUGUUUCAUUCUGGCUUGACUAAAAGGGUGAUGGUGGUGGCUCCUAAAACAUUACUUUCUCAUUGGAUAAAAGAAUUAACAGCUGUAGGUCUCUCUGACAAGAUAAGAGAAUACUAUGGGACCUGUCCAAAAGCUCGGAAGUAUGAGCUUCAAUAUGUACUUCAGGACAAGGGCAUUCUUCUGACAACUUACGAUAUUGUGCGAGUCAACUUUAAAUCUCUUAAAGGGAGUGACUAUAUUCUCGAUGAUGGAAGUGAGGAUCUGAUAUGGGAUUAUAUGAUACUUGAUGAGGGUCAUCUCAUAAAGAAUCCCAGUACACAAAGGGCCAAAAGUUUGCUUGAUAUACCCUGUUCACAUCGCAUUAUAGUAAGUGGCACGCCGUUGCAAAACAAUCUCAAGGAGUUGUGGGCCUUAUUUAAUUUCUGUUGCCCUGAGCUUCUGGGUGAUAAGAAGUGGUUUAAGGAAAAAUUUGAGUCGCGCAUUUGUCGUGGAAAUGAGAAAAAUGCUUCAGAUAGGGAAAAACGUAUUGGUUCCACAGUAGCACAGGAGCUUAGAGACCGUAUCCAACCUUUUUUCCUGCGUCGCCUGAAGAAUGAGGUGUUUAAGGAAGAUAAUGACCAAACAAAUGCCACACUGUCUAAAAAGAAUGAGAUCAUUGUUUGGCUUCGUUUAACCAACAUUCAGCGAAAACUUUAUGAAGCAUAUCUAAAGAGUGAGCUGGUUCUUUCUGCUUUUGAUGGGUCACCAUUGGCUGCACUUACGAUUUUGAAGAAAAUAUGUGAUCAUCCACUUCUAUUGACGAAGCGAGCUGCUGAAGAUGUGCUAGAAGAGUUGGAUUCAAUGUCUAAGCCAGAUGAUGUUUCUAUGGCAGAAAAACUAGCAAUGUAUAUAGCUGAUGUUGCUGAGAAAGAGGAAUUUUUUGAUGAGAACCAUGCAAACCUCUCUUGCAAAAUAUCUUUCAUAAUGUCGUUAUUGGAUAACUUGAUUCCCGAGGGGCAUAAUGUUCUCAUCUUUUCCCAAACUAGAAAGAUGCUGAAUAUUAUUCAGGAAACACUAAUAUCCAGUGGGUACAAGUUCCAACGCAUUGAUGGUACCACAAAAGCUACUGAAAGGAUUAGGAUUGUUAAUGAUUUCCAAGAAGGUAAUGGGGCUCCCAUAUUUCUCUUGACUUCUCAAGUUGGUGGUUUGGGUCUUACACUUACAAGAGCUGAUCGUGUGAUAGUGGUUGAUCCUGCUUGGAACCCGAGUACUGAUAGCCAAAGUGUGGAUCGUGCAUAUCGAAUUGGCCAGAACAAGGAUGUGAUUGUAUAUAGAUUAAUGACUUGUGCGACUGUUGAAGAAAAGAUCUACAGAAAACAGAUUUACAAAGGAGGAUUGUUUAAAACUGCAACUGAGCAGAAGGAGCAGAUUCGGUACUUUAGUCAACAGGAUCUUCGUGAACUUUUCAGUCUCCCACAACAAGGUUUUGAUGUUUCCCUUACUCAGAAGCAGCUAAAUGAGGAGCAUGAUCAACAGUACACAAUGGAAGAAUCUUUACAAUCCCAUAUAGAAUUCUUGGAAACUCAAGGGAUAGCUGGUGUCAGUCACCACAGUCUACUCUUUUCCAAGACAGCACCACCUCUGCCAGAGGUAGAUGCGGAACAGGAGGAAGUUGAAAGACAAACUUUACUCGUGGGAAGCUCAACUUCAAGUUCCGCACUUGAACGUAAUGUAAAUGGGGCUGAGUACGCUUUCAAGCCUAAGGAUGUAAUAUUAAGCAAGAAGCUGUCUUCUUCACCAGUUAAUGCAGGAAAAAUGACAAAAUCAGAGAUUAAAGAGAACAUCAAUAGGCUGUCACAAACUCUUGCGAAUAAGUCUUUGGUUGCAAGAUUACCUGAUAAGGGACAGAAAAUAGAGAGGCAAAUAUCUGAAUUGAAUGCUGAGCUUCGUCGAUUUGAGAGGGAUGUUAUUGACUUGGAUGAUGUAACUGCGGAUCUUAAAGGAGUGGUGAUCUAAGACCACGGUAACAUUGCUGGAGAAGGAAACAAGCAUGGGAAAAAGCUAGGCAUGCUGUUUUCAUUAUAAUUUUGGUCGAAACUAUCAAACAAAAAUAUAGUGCUGUAUAUUGUUUCAGCCUGCUAGCAUAGUCUCACUACGGAGCAGUGAGCAUUUUGUUCUGUCCAUGUAUGUUGAACUUGGAAGCAUUUAUCAAGAUUAGUUUUGUUCUCUGUCC